AUGUCCACUUUGAAUGAACACCUCAAUAUUGUAGUUGUUGGUCCUUUCCAAAGCGGGAAGAGUACUUUUCUUGGGCAUCUUUUUGCUGGCCUUCAAAUUAUUGAUCAACGAACAAUAGACCAAUACAAAAGAGAAUGUAUCGAAACACAAAGACCAAAUUGUGAGUAUGCUUGGGUCUUUGAAAAGACCAAAAGAGAAAAAUGUAAAUCAUUAACGAAUAUUCAACUAACCAAGGGAAUCAUUGCCAAGAACAGUUUAUUAUUCAAGGAAAAACUAAGUCACGACCAAUUACGACGCACGACUAUGGAAGAAUUUGAAAAAAUGAAUAUUUCAUUUAUAGACACUCCGGGCAAUAUAAAGUACAUCAAAAAUACAAUUCGGGGUAUUCACAAAGGAGAUGUCUCAUUUCUAGUUGUUUCUGCCUCACAAAAAUUUGACGACCAAAAAGAAGCAAUUAUUGAAAAGUUGAUACUAUUAAAAGCCUUUUUAGUUGAUUUAGUAGCAGUUAUUAUCACCAAAAUGGGUGAAGUGAAAUACUCUGAAUUUCGUUUUGAAGAAACGAAAUACAAAAUUUUGGACCUUUUAAAAGUCGUCAGAAUUAAAAGUGAAAAUGUCAGAUUAAUUCCAAUUGAUGGACUUAGAGGAGACAAUUUGACUGUUUCUUCAAAAAACAUGACAUGGGCUAUCAACAAAACUGGAACAGUCACCGAUCUACUUAACACACUCAAAACCCCAGAAAGAAGUCGACUUGACACACUGCCUUUCAGAAUGACAGUAGAAGAUGUCUACAAAAUUAGUGGUGUUGGAACUGUGUUAGUUGGAAUUGUCGAGAGUGGAAUUGUACGUGCAAACCAACUUUUUACAGUGUCUCCAAGUGGACUCUCAGCUAAAACAAAAAGCGUUGAAAUGUUGGGUAAUUCUAUUUCAGAAGGAAAAUCAAGAGAUUUUGUUGGCGUGAAUGUUGCAAAUACAACGUGCAGAGACUACAAAAUAGGAGAGGUUCUUUCUGAUCUCAACUGUCCUGCUGUCAGAUGUGAACAAUUUGUCGCACAAAUCAAAAUUGUAGACGACAGAAUAGUAAAGAAGGGGUGGGCUCCAACUAUGAACAUCCAUAUGGCGCAGGUGCCUUGUGUAGUACUCGAUAUAGUAAAAAUACUAAAAAGAAAUGCACCAGAAAAAAAGUUAAGUAGUGUGGAAAUAAUGAAAGAAGAUAUUGCAGUUGUCACUAUUAUGCCAAUCAAACCAGUUUGUGUUGAGACUUUCCAUGAUUUCCCCAAAUUAGGGACUUUUGUUUUAAGAGAUAAUGGAAAUAUAGCAGCUUAUGGUGGUGUUAAAGAAGUGAUUCCAUGGUCUAUUACAUCAAAAGAAACAAUCAUGAAAUACUGCGCAAAACAUAGUGUUUUUGCUGGAAGAAAAGAAGCAAGUUAUUAUUAUUCUUGGAGGACAAAAGAUAUUAGAUUGUAUUAA